AGGCCCAGAGGUUUAUAAUCCUUUCACGUACCAAUCCGGCAAUCCCGACCUCCCUCAUCUCUCUUCGUCCCGCCGCCGCAGCUCACGUCUCGUGCUCGUCUCUCCCUUCCCAGAAGGAUCCAUUGUUGCUGUAUCCCCCAAGUUGCCAUCAUGCAAAACGAGGAGGGUAAGAUGGUGGACCUUUACGUCCCCAGGAAGUGCUCUGCCACGAACAGGAUCAUUACUGCCAAGGACCAUGCCUCAGUCCAGAUCAACAUUGGGCACUUGGAUGAGAAUGGGCUGUAUGAUGGCCGCUUCACCACAUUUGCUCUCUCUGGAUUCGUCCGUGCUCAGGGUGAUGCUGACAGUUCUUUGGACAGGCUGUGGCAGAAGAAAAGAGCCGAGAUCAAACAGUAGAUGAAUUUACAUGGAAUGUUUCGGUAGACCUUGACGUAUUAUAUAUUAUUAGUAAACCUUGAAGAAUUUGUAAUGGAUGUUUGUCCUAUAUAAAUAUGAAUGGUCAAUGAUGGGUAUUGUGAAAGUGCAGGUCUACCUUGAACUCCGAACUACCUAUUUAGUCUAGAGCCCAAAUAGAUGUGUUCUUUAA